GAGCGGCGGCAGCACUGUGGCCGCCGUACAGCUGAUCUGGCUAGUGCGUAGCAGGCGGCAGCCGCAGAUCAGGCCGCCGACACCGACAGCGUAGACGCGCUGGCCCCCGACGCGUCCUUCACCUUCGGUGUCCAUGGCGUCUUCGCAGAGCGGUUGGCCCGCGGGAGGGCCGGCACCGCACACCGAGGAAAAUGGGAACCACUUCGUGGAUCAGGUGAUUCCCGCGCUGGUCACCGACGGCGCCCUGGGCGAGGACGUGGCCGUCCUCAGCCAUGACAUCCGUCCCGUGGGUGGCUACGGCCAGGACCACUGGAUGUCGUGCACUCUUAAAGUGGCCCUGGAGCUCGACGACCGGAAGCUGAAGACGAGAAGGACCGUCCGCCUCGUGGCCAAGUACCAGGCCAACGACCCGGUGUGGCUGGACACCGCCGUGAGUUGCCGCAACGAGGACCACAUGUACAACCAGGUGGCGCCGUUCUUCCAGUCGCUGUGGGACGAGUCGAGCCACGGCGACCCCGAGCCCCUCGGCAUCUUCCCCAAGUGCUACAGGGCCUCGGCGGGCGGGGAGGGCGCCACCCCCCUGGUGGUCAUGGAGGACAUGUCGGCGGACGGCUUCCGGCUGGCCAGCUCGGCGACGGCCCUGGACGGCGCGCACGUGUUCCUGACGCUGCAGCGCCUGGGCAGGAUGCACGCCCUGUCCUACGGCGCCAAGGUCCUCAGAAAAAGCGACUUCCUGUCCCUGGCGCGCCAGCUGCAGGACGCCGAGUUCGGCGAGUCCAACCGCGCUUACCAGACGGGCUUCAUCGGCGGCACCACGGGUCCCGGGCUGCGACGGCUCGCGGCGCGCGGCGACCUCGACGCGGCCACCGUGGAGCAGCUCCGGCGCCGGCUGCGCGCCGGGCGCGACGACAUCCCGGACGGCGUGUUCAACGUGAUGCUGGAGGCGCGCAGCCCCGAGGAGCCGCUGGCUGUCAUCGCGCACGGCGACUUCAACCGCAACAACAUGAUGUUCAAGUACGACGAGGCGACGGGCAGGCCCGUCGACGUGCGCUUCUUCGACCUGCAGACCUGCAGGUACUGCUCCCCGGCCGUGGACCUGUCUGUGUUCCUGUUUCUCAACACGACGGCCUCGCAGCGCGCGGCGCACUGGGACGAUUUCUUCGUGUCGUAUUACGACGGCCUGACGACGGCCCUGCGGCGCCUUCUGUCCGGCAGCUCCACGGACCCCACGCUGUCGCCCACCAUGGAAAUGCCGAGUUUGGCGGCGAUUCGGGCCGACUUCGCGCGCCACGCUCUCUACGGCUUCGUCAUCUGCUCGUACUUCCUGCCCGUGAUGCAGGCGGGCCCGCAGGAGGGGUCGGAGGGGUCCACCGAGGAGAUGUACGCCGUGGUGAGGAGCAUCCCCGACAAAUUCGAAGCGGGCCAGACCAUGGCGAGCUUUCUCGAAUACUUGGGCGAGGACGGCGAGAACACCGUCGCCGACCUGCUGCUCGAGUUUGUAGACCGCGGCCUAGUUGGCCUGUAGCACAAGAACGUACGUUGUAUUGAUGGUCCCAGUCAUUAAGUUGAGGUUGAGGAUGUCCUGGUCUGAUCAUGUCAUGUCCUAUACUAUAACUCAACUUCUUGGAUUCACCACCCCGUGCAUCGCCAGUGGGUCUGACCUGUGAUAACCUGAAAGUGUAGGCAACCUCAAGUAAGAAAAUGAACACUUUCCACUCGGUACAUUAGCGUUGCACUCGCAUAAAAAUAUGACAUCUUUACAUAUCAAUGUACGAUGGAUAAAAGACAUAGUUAUUUAUUCAUCGUUUGGGACACCUAACCUGCUACGGAAAACGAACGUGAAUCAGAAUGUGUAGCCUAUGAAACGGAAAAGGAGGGAUGAUUUGAAUGAACGGUAGGAACAAGACAAGAAGACUGGCAGACUGAUAAUAUGUUCUUAUAUUUUAGAGCAAUUGAUUGAAUGAAAGCAAAAGCUGGCCGUGCUGCAUGCACUGUAAAUUUAAAACAAAAAUAAAGUUUGCAUCAAAAUGA